GGGAUAUUCGCGAAGAGGUCUCGCUCUGUGGAGCUGUUAUCUCCGGUCCGGGCUCCGGAUCCGAAUCACAAUGGAAGGCGAGGCUCCUUAUUCACUGCCUCGUUCUUGCUACUCAGAAAUUUAUUGUGAGAAACGAAUACAUAUAUUUGAGGUCUCGCAAUGGAGAAAGUGAAAAUCGCAAUAUUCAACUGUUACUUCUUUGUGUUCGACGUUCCUAAGUUCAUACAUAUAAACCACUAUUUCUUGCAUCACACAAACAACAACCACAAAAAGAAAAUCCAUAAUCGAAAAAAUGCAUUUCCUCAUCUUAGGCGCAUCUGGAAGAACAGGAAGUCUUGUACUUGCUGAAGCUCUCUCACAAAACCACACCGUCACAGCACUCGCGCGCAAUCCCUCUUCCAUCCCCGAAGCCCCCGGCCUUACAGUCAUAAAAGGCACACCAUCCUCCUCCUCCGAUCUCACAACCGUCUUUACUACGGGUCCCAAAAUCGACGCUGUCCUCGUAACCCUCUCAUCUAGUCGGGCCUCGGAUUCCCCCUUCGCAGCCUCGACUUCUCCUCCUGAUUUCCUCAAGAAUGUCAUCUCGACGGUUACGCAAUCAAUGGCUGCGCAUGGUGUCAAGAAGAUAGUUUAUAUGUCUGCUUUUGGAGUGGGUUCUUCGAAUGGUGCGCUGUGGUUACCGAUGCGUUUACUUAUCAAUAAUUCGACAAUGGGGAAGGUCGGAUUUCAAGAUCACGCUGCUGCGGAGGAAGUUCUGAAGGCUUCGGGCUUGGAGUACAGUGUUGUGAGAAGUGCGAUGUUGAAGGAGGGAGAAAAGAAGAGUGUUGUGGAGUAUGGGGCCGAGGGGAAGGGAAUGGGUCACUUGCCGGGAUGUACGAGGAAGAGUGUUGCGGGAUUCAUGGUGGAAUUGGCUGAAAGGAAGAAGUGGGAGAACAAAGUGGCCGUCAUCUGUAACUAGGGGGCUACAGAUGAUGGGAAUUAUGAUCGCAGGGUUGAUAAAUAGAUGAUACGGUAGCACAUGAGGAGCCAUCAGGUUUGGAGGAAAUUUAGAUUAGCUAGACGGUUUUGCUUUUCGCUUUUGUUGCUUAGAGAAAGAUAUCCAUUGUUCUAAUAAUCUCAUUAAUUGAAUGCCAUGUAAUUAUUGUUGCUUGCACA